GUGACCACUCGCUUACGUGAGCAGAAGUAGUUCUGGUCGUCGUCUAUCCUCGUCGCUAUAGCUGUGUGAGGGAAGAAGAAAGAAAAUUACCCGGUAUCGUUGGAGCCACACUGAAAUUACAUUGAGCCAGGCUUGCCACCAAGAGCCCAACAGUCACCAUGAUGCUGAGCACGGAAGGCAGGGAGGGGUUCGUGGUGAAGGUCAGGGGCCUACCCUGGUCCUGCUCAGCUGAUGAAGUUAUGCGCUUCUUCUCUGAUUGCAAAAUCCAGAACGGCACAUCAGGUAUUCGUUUCAUCUACACCAGAGAAGGCAGACCAAGUGGAGAAGCAUUUGUUGAACUCGAAUCCGAAGACGAAGUGAAAUUGGCUUUGAAGAAGGACAGAGAAACCAUGGGACACAGAUAUGUUGAAGUGUUCAAGUCCAACAGUGUUGAAAUGGAUUGGGUGUUGAAGCAUACAGGUCCGAAUAGUCCUGAUACUGCCAACGAUGGCUUCGUCCGGCUUAGAGGACUCCCAUUUGGCUGUAGCAAGGAAGAGAUUGUUCAGUUCUUUUCCGGGUUGGAAAUUGUGCCAAAUGGGAUGACAUUGCCGGUGGACUUUCAGGGGCGGAGCACAGGGGAGGCAUUUGUGCAGUUUGCCUCACAGGAGAUAGCUGAAAAAGCCUUAAAGAAACACAAGGAAAGAAUAGGACACAGGUACAUUGAAAUCUUCAAGAGUAGCCGAGCUGAAGUCCGAACCCACUAUGAUCCCCCUCGGAAGCUCAUGGCCAUGCAGCGGCCAGGUCCCUAUGACAGACCAGGGGCAGGCAGGGGAUAUAAUAGCCUUGGCAGAGGAGCUGGUUUUGAAAGGAUGAGGCGGGGUGCCUAUGGUGGAGGCUAUGGAGGUUAUGAUGACUAUGGUGGUUAUAAUGAUGGGUAUGGCUUUGGGUCUGAUAGAUUUGGGAGAGACCUCAAUUACUGUUUCUCAGGAAUGUCUGAUCAUAGAUAUGGAGAUGGUGGGUCCAGUUUCCAGAGCACCACAGGGCACUGUGUGCACAUGAGGGGGUUGCCUUACAGAGCCACUGAGAAUGAUAUUUAUAAUUUUUUCUCACCUCUUAAUCCCAUGAGAGUCCAUAUUGAAAUUGGACCGGAUGGCAGGGUUACUGGUGAGGCAGAUGUUGAAUUUGCUACUCAUGAAGAUGCAGUGGCAGCCAUGGCAAAAGAUAAAGCUAAUAUGCAACACAGAUAUGUGGAGCUCUUCUUGAAUUCUACUGCAGGAACAAGUGGGGGAGCCUAUGAUCAUAGCUAUGUAGAACUCUUUCUGAAUUCUACAGCGGGGGCAAGUGGUGGUGCUUAUGGCAGCCAAAUGAUGGGAGGAAUGGGCUUAUCCAACCAGUCCAGUUACGGGGGUCCUGCUAGCCAGCAGCUGAGUGGCGGUUAUGGAGGAGGUUAUGGCGGUCAGAGCAGCAUGAGUGGAUAUGAUCAAGUUCUGCAGGAAAACUCCAGUGACUAUCAGUCAAACCUUGCUUAGGUAGAGAGGAAGCAUUUAACAGCUACUACUACAGAAAUAAAAGCUGUGCAUUUAUGGGAGUGGAAUAGUGUGGGAGGGUUGUCUAGUGUAUCCAGUAUGAUUGGCUCAAAUGGGAAAUACAGUUGAUUCUGACCACUUUUGGUCAGUUUCCUUUUUUUUCUUUUUAUCUUUCUUCUUUUUUAAGAAAACAAAGAUUAAGUUUAACAGUUUUGCAUUACAGGCUUGUGAUUCCUGCUUACUGUAAAGUGAAAGUCAAGAUUGUUUUAAAACUUUAUGCUCAGUCAUUUUAAACAAUGAAACCUUCAGCUAGGACAUAAUAACAAAGUUCAGUAUUGACCAUAACUGUUCAAACAAUUUUCAGCUUUCCUCGAGUUAGUUAUGUUGUAGGAGUGUACCUAAAGCAGGAAGCAUAUUUAGGUUACAGCAGUUUCGCAUAUGUUAAAUGUUGCUCUUAUACCACAGUACAUUGAAAACUUCAGAUGCAUGUUGAGAAACAUGCUUUUCUGUAAAACUCAAAUAUAGGAGCUAUGUCUACGAUUCAAAGUGAAAACAUUGGCAUGUUUGUUAAUUCUAGCUUUUUGGUUUAAUAUCCUGUAAGGCACGUGAGUGUACACUUUUUUUUUUUAAGAUCUGGGACAAUUUUGAGAUGUAAUACCAAUACCUUAGGAGUUUGGUCGUGUUGUUUGUAUGAAAUUCUGAGGCUUUGAUUUAAAUCUUUCCUUGUAUUGUGAUUUCCAUUUAGAUGUAUUGUACUAAGUGAAACUUGUUAAAUAAAUUUUCCUUUUAAAAACUGGAAAAA